GCGAGUUCCGGGUUCCCCAGCCGCGGAGAUACGGAGGCCCGGGCGGCCGUGGGCCUCGUCGGGGUUAUUUCUGGCGGCAGCGCGCGGCCAUGGCGCGGAGGCCGAGCCUCCGGUUGCUGAUGCUGUCGCUGCUGCUGCUCUGCCGGGCCCCGGUGUGCAGCUCCGGCCCUCUGCCCCUCAUCCUCAACACUUGGCCUUUCAGGAAUGCAGCCGUAGCAGCAUGGAGGACGUUAGCAUCUGGAGGGUCUGCGCUGGACGCGGUUGAGAGCGGCUGUGCGGCGUGUGAGCGGGAACGGUGUGACGGCACCGUGGGCUUUGGCGGCAGCCCCGACGAGUCUGGAGAGACCACCCUGGAUGCCAUGAUCAUGGACGGUACUACCAUGGACGUAGGCGCAGUGGGAGAUCUUAGACGAAUUAAAAACGCCAUCGGUGUAGCACGAAAAGUACUGGAACACACGACACACACACUGUUAGCAGGAGAGUCGGCCACCAAGUUUGCCGAAAGUAUGGGGUUCAUCAGCGAGGAUUUAUCUACCAAUGCUUCUUGCGCUCUUCAUUCAGAUUGGCUUGCCUGGAAUUGCCAGCCAAAUUACUGGAGGAAUGUUAUACCAGAUGCUUCAAAAUACUGUGGACCCUACAAACCACCUAGUAUCUUAAAGCGAGAUGGUUCUGCCUACAAAGAAACAGGAGGUAGUUACGGUCACGACACUAUUGGCAUGGUUGUCAUCCAUAAGAUGGGAAAUAUUGCUGCUGGUACAUCUACAAAUGGUAUAAAAUUCAAAAUACCUGGGCGAAUAGGAGACUCGCCAAUUCCUGGAUCCGGGGCCUAUGCCGACGACACCGCAGGGGCUGCGGCAGCCACCGGGGACGGCGACGUACUGAUGCGCUUCCUUCCAAGCUACCAAGCUGUAGAAUAUAUGAGAAGAGGAAAAGAUCCAACCGCAGCAUGCCAAAAGGUGAUUUUAAGAAUCCAGAAGUAUUUUCCCAACUUCUUUGGGGCCGUGGUAUGUGCUAACGUGACUGGAAGUUAUGGUGCUGCCUGCAAUAAACUUUCAACAUUUACUCAGUUUCAUUUCAUGGUUUACAAUCCUCUAAAAAGUGAGCCAACUGAGGAAAAAGUAGACUGCAUCUAAUCCAUCUCUUCUGUCCGCAUCUAUAUUUAAAGAAGAAAGAAACAGAGGCUGAAAAGGCUCCUCACUGUCAUCGUAUAAUGUGCCUCAUGUAUUCUAAAAUCUUUGUGUAAAAUGAGCACAAAAAUUGUACGCGAAAAGAGCA